AUGUUUCCUGAUGGAAAAAUGGUGGCUGUGAAGAUUAGAAGGUCAUCAAGAGAAGCAUGGAAAGAUUAUAUUUAUCUCUUGCUUUCAAGCUUUUAUGGUCUCCAGUACUAUCCAGAGCAGAUUUUGGUGAUUCGUACAACAAAGAAGAUGUUAAAGGUGGAGACAAUUCAAAAAAUCUCAAUGGUUCGCCCAAUUCACCAUCUUCUUCAGGGGUUUGACUCAUCACAUCUACAAAAUUACGUAUCAUAUCUAGACAAUGGGAUGCGUGCUGCAUUCCAGUUGCUCCAUAUGGUACUUGAGCAUAGUGUGUGGCUUGAAGAUGCAUUUGAUAGAGCAGGACAAUUAUAUUCAUCAUAUUAUCAUUCAAUUCCCAAAAUCCUGGAACGUUCAGCUGCUGACUAACUCAUGAUAGCAAUAUUGGAUGAAGAUGAACAAUUGAAUGUGAAUUUUGUUGUUUUUUGCAAUUUGUGUGGGGCUGUCAUCAGAGUCAACAGAGAGAUGAGAGUCAAUUCUGAUUGUGUAUUGCGCUCAAUUAUGAAUUGACAAUUUUUUUUUCUUUUUUUUUCUUUUUUGGCUUUUGUUUUGGAUAGGAAACAGCAAUGAGUUGUAAAUUUAGUGCAAAUCGGGAUGUUAAAGAUGAAAGUAAGACUGUUUAGAAGAAAUCCAUAUUGUAAGUAACUUUGCUAUAAACAGACAUGUUCUGAUGGGAAGUUUUAUGGUUUGUCAUUUAGAAACACUUGGAGUCAGGUUUGCAGAGAGAGGUUGCUAAACAAAGAAAUUAAGUAAAAUCAUUUGGAUCGGAUCAUUGAGCGUACCUUAUGGGACAAAAGGGCAAAAAUGUCCACAAUGGGCAUUUUGCUUUUAUAAAGCCCAUGUUUGGGCAAAAUGCAAUUUUUUAUUUUUUUUGUAAGUCCAUGAUUUGGCUAAAUGGAAGUAUAUACCUAUUUUUCGCUUUAACGAGGUAUUUUCAAAAAUGCAGGCACAAGAUUAUGUGCUACCACUUGGAGAUCUUCAAGAAGGUUGAUGUCAUAAUUUCUUUAUAAAACUUUCUAUCCCUCACAAUUGCAUUAUUAGUAAUGCACCAAACAAAAAAAAUAUUCCG